AUGACAUCCGAAGGCGGAUGUUUUCUGCUUUCAUUCGACAUUGCCUUAAAGGAUGUAAAAGUUCCAUUGAAGGUUCGUCUUCAUCAUCACAGAACAGUAAACCUCAUUACGGAAUUAAAUUUCAAUUGGAAAUCUUGUUUGAAAGAUGAACCGAAGGGCUAUCAAACAAUUAAGAGAAAAUUAAAAUUUCCGGAAGAUUUCUUGUUCAAAGCUGACAAAGAAGAAAAGGAAAGCUCGUCCGUUCGUUGA